AUGGAUUGGGAUGAUCUUUUUGGAUACAAAAACAAAUCGUCGCAUAGAUCAUCAUCUUCGUUGAUCACCGAAAAUCGCGAGAACGAAGCAAAACCCUCAGAAGGACGAGAGAUGAGAGGAAACAUGAAAAAUGAAGACCAUGACAAUGUUGAGAACGCUGGCGAGGCCAUUGAAAGGCCAAAACCAAGAGUCCGACUGCCAAUAGUGACAAAAGGAAUUAUCAAUCCUGUGGCUAUUGCGCAGCUACAAGAUGAAUUGGAGGAUACCAAGAAGGAAUUGGAUAGGUUGCGAGCAACACGGGUACCUUCGAAGGAUGAAAUAAUUCUGCCGAAAAAAAUGACUCUACCGAAAUUGAUGGAGAUGUGCCCAGCAGUGGGAGAUCAAAUUCUUGCCAAGAUGGAUCAAAAGUUGAGCGAUGCCCGUAAAGAAUACGAGGACAAGGUCAAGCAAUUGACAGACCAGCAUCGCGACAACUUUUCACGAGGAUCGGCGGAUUCGCGAGAGAUGGCAUCAAAAAUAUACAACGCCGAGAGAAAGUUAAGGGAACUGGGGGAGAUUGCAAAGACACGUCCAAAUGCGCCGGUCGGUGAAGUCUGGACAAGGAUUCAAGAUGGAACUUACGAUCGGUCGAAAGGACAAGUCGACGAGCCAAAAGACUUUUAUAAAUCAGAGCCGAGUCCUGAAUGGCACAACUCAAGACUCACGACCCCCGAUCUCAUGUCCUCUGGUAACCCUUUCCGAUAUAACAGAUGGGCAAACAGCGAUGAUCGAAAAAGGGAACAUGACGAUCCUGCGCAACCCGAAUUCGGUAAAGAUGUCAAGAGAUUGAGGACUGCAUAA